AUGCGUGUAUCCAAAAUGAGUACCCUCCUUACUGGAGCUUUCUGUGUUGUGUCGGUUGUGCUGGGCGCAACAACCAUAGACCAAAAUUUGUCUGAUAUGCGGAAAUUAACGGACAAGGUUGAGUCGGCGAAAAAAUCGCUGGACAACUACAAUGGUGGAAUUCCAGCUGCUCUUGGGGUUGCUAGAUCCUUGACAAUUGCGCAAACUUCGGCAAAGUCUACGCGUAAAUCCCUUGCGGAUCGCGAGCCGAUGAACGCUGAAGAAGGAGAUCGGUUCCUUCAAAGCUAUGAUGAGAUGGCUCCGGUUCUUCUAGAUGCCAUUCAUUCCGCCAAGAACAAGGCUCCUUUGUUUAAAAAGGCUGGUCUAGGACCAGAAGCGCGGACAUACUUGGAUAAUUUACAUGUGGAGAAACGUCGUUUCGAGGAAGAGGGCCAAAAGCAACUCCCGCCGAGUAUCUUUCGUCAGAUCAAACCAUCUUCUGAUCGCAUCAGUGAGGCUUUUGAUGAGGCAGACAGAGAGUUUGACACUUAA